AUGCGCGCAAGGAGAGGACAGAGCGACGCGCGCAACCGCUCACCCGACGAGUAUGUGCGGGAGCACUUGCGCUGGGGUGAAAGCAUAAGCGAGAAGACUGGGGUGACGGCGCAAGCCGCCGAACUGCCAGAGAAAGCCCGACACUACGACUGCAACUUUGAUGCUGCCGACCUAGACAACCACCCCACUGCACAACCACAAACAGCGCGCAUCGUGACCCUCGUAAAUUGCAUCGACAACUCAGGCGCCGCCAUAGUCGAAUGUGUCAACGUCCUCCGAUCCAAACGGCCCGCCAAAGUCGGCGACCGCAUAGUAGUAGUCGUAAAGAAGCAGCGAAAUUUCGGUCCGGAAACCGGUAACAGCGUCUCCAUCAGCGCAGCGAACAAAGUACGACGAGGAGAUGUACGACACGCGGUCGUAGUACGGACAGCGAAGAAGUGGCAGAGACCGGACGGCAGUGUAGUCAAGUUCGACGACAAUGCCUGCGUGCUGAUCAACAAGGCUGGCGAACCUAUUGGAUCCAGAGUCAGUGGUGUCGUUGCGGCGGAACUGAGGCAGAAACAGUGGUCAAAGAUCUUGUCGCUGGCGCCCAUGCACGUGUAA